AUGUCUCUCAGCAGGUCGGGGGUCAGGCUUCAUCCUGUUAACCAAAGGAGGUCAGAGGGACCAUCAUCUUUAUCAGCUCACCUGAGUGACUCCUCAAGCGUUGAAUCAGCUGUUGGGACUUCUAGGAGGCGGCGCCCCCCUGUGGCGACUCUGCCUCGCCGUCUGCGCUUUGAGGAUGAGACAGAGACAGAGGCGGAGUCUCGUUAUCUGGAACGACUGCAGCAGACCAGACGGGUGGGGCAGCGAGGAACAGGUGUCCUUGUCUCAAAACCAGAGCUCAGCCAGUUUGCCAAUGGCAACACAGGGACGGUGCCACAGGGGGCGGGGCCACAGGGAACAAGGGCACAGGGGGCAGGGCCACAGGAUGCGGAGUGUGCUGGGGAAGGAAAGCAGAGAGGAUGGAUGCCACAGUCGGGUCAAUGUGACUCCAACUGGACAGUUUUAGGAGGCGGAGCCAACCUGAAUGUCCGUCGAUACCCACCUGUUGCUGGGGUGCAGGGUCUGUACAGGCCCUCCCUAAGUCUACGAACUGAGCCAAUCAGAGAGACCUACAUUGGCUCUGUCACCUAUGAUGACAAGAGCAAGGGUGGGGCCAAAUCAGGACUCCUAGCUAAGAACCAGAUGACCAAUCAGGUGGGGGUUAACGGAAACCAUGUGACUAUACCUCAGACUAAACCUAAGAAAGACCUGCCAAUCAACCCCUACCCCUACGAACCGAAACAGUUAACCACGCCUACUCAGCCCUCAGUGUCUCCACCACCUGCCUACUCAUGCCAUCAACCCACACCUCCUGUUCCUCCUCCUUCUGCUCCUCCUCCAGUGACAUCAGCCAAGACAUCCCAGAUCAUCAGGAUCAACAGCACCAAGACAACAAAAAACCUGAACCAGUUCAAGAGCACACCUUCACCUGCUAGGACCCUCAGAGAGCCCAGGGAGGGGGCGGAGCUUAAAGAGAAGGCAGUCUGUGUAGAGGACAAAAGCAAGGAGGUGAAGAGCUUCUCUUCAUCAUUCAAAAGCAACUCAGCUGAGAGCCAAGCCCUGCCAACCCCAGGCAGCAGCAGCAGCAGUGAUGUACAGCUGGGACAGCCAUUAAAAACAGAGCUUCACAAUGAUGAUUCCUCCCCUCCUGAACACUCUAUGAGCAGACAUGAGCCUGAUCGUCUGUCUCUGCGUCGUCUUUUUGCCAAUGUUAAACUGGGCAGGACUCGGUCUGCCAGCCUUGACCGACUCUGCUCAAGACCCAGCCCUUCUGCACCUGUCCCAGACUCAGCACCUGAUCCCGCCCCCUCAUGUCCCAGGAAGUCAUCUAGUCUGCUGAAGAAAACCCCGUCUGUUCCGUCACUCAGUGUGGGGGCGUCCUUCAUGUCACUGAGAAAGUCUUCAUCGGUUCAAAGUCUGAGAUCAGAGCAGAAGAAGAAGAAGGAUCGAUCAGCUGACUACAGACCUGCUGCUGAUCAGUGUGUUCAGAGGCGUGUAAGCAUCGAUGAUGUUGGUCGUCCGUCCUCAGCUCGUUCUGUUGGUCGGGUUAUUCAGAUUUGUUCAGAUGGAACGUUCCUUUUAGAAAUCAGUCGACUGAAGAACCGAACGUUUGGCUUCAUCAUCAGCCGAGGGAAAGGACGACCCAACUCUGGUGUGUACGUGGAGGACAUGGCGGACUCGAGCACUCAGAAGUUGUACGGCGGUCUGCUUGAGGUUGGAGAUGAGAUUGUUGAGGUAAAUGGAGAGACGGUUGCCUGCCUUACUUUGGAUCAAGUGACGAGCCUACUGACUCAGACCACGACCACCAACAUCCGUGUCCUACGACACCAGAGGCUGUCUCCACAGUGAAAGCUGUCUGGACCAGAUUGACUGAUUCUACAAAAACCUUAAGAACAUUAUCUCAAACUACAGCUAUUACCAAUAUAACUUUGGCAGUAACACUAAUGACUACACUUGUUACUAUGACUGUUACUCUAAAGACUACACCUGUUACUAUGACUGUUACU